AUGAUUCACCACUGCAUGACGCUAGUGUGGCUGUGGAACGGCGACGGUCAGGCCCCCGCCGGGUUGCUGACAGGGAUCGCCAGCUUCGUGAGGGCGUACGCCGGUCUGACGCCGGCGGCCGGGAGCAAGACGACGACGACGACGAGGUUCGGGGACGGGGAGAGGUGGGACCAAGGUUACGAGGUGACGGCUAACUUCUUGAUUUACUGCGAGGCGCUGCGCCACAGGUUCGUGCCGGAGCUGAACGGGAAGUUGAAGUACGGCUACGCGGACGGCUUGUUCCACGACUUGACGGGGAAAACCGUUGAAGAGCUUUGGAAGGAUUACAAGACCGAGUUUGGAACUAGACUAAUUAGUAAUACCGUAACUAAUUAUAAUAAUAAUAAUGAGAUUAGUUAUUAA